AUGGCAUCAACCACCAAACCCGCUCACGGGCCAGAUCAGUGCGAAAGAGUCUUUAGAACAAAAACAUCCUCCAUCCCCAAACUGACCACUCUACGCAAACAACUCGGCUACGGCAAUCCAGGCGGAGAACGAGAUCUUGCCUUCAAGAAGGCCGUCGCCGAACAAGUUAAGACGUUCGUGUCGAGUGUCGACAGUCUGCCUGCGUUCAAGUUAACCAAGUGGAAGAACCGUGUCCAUCAGAGAGGUCUCUUGGAGGUGACCAAGAACUUUCUCCAGGCUAGGGGGGCUGAGUUUUGGCCGGAUUGGAGAUCAGAUCUGAACUAUAAGAGAGACUCGUCCAAGAUACGUCGUCUCAUGACCCAAGUCUUUUGGCGUACAGCCUGCGAGAAGAAACGAGCCAAAUCGUCGACCUCACCCAACAUUCAACUAUCUCAAACUAUCCGAGACGCUUUGCAGCAGCCCAUAAAGGCUGAAGAAUCCGCAAGUGUCAACGAUUCUCCGAACGAGCCCAGCCAAUUUGGUGAUAGGGGUAAUACCGUCGAUAAUCCCAUAGACCUCGAGGAUAUGACAUCAAACUCAAACACAAACACAAACAUACCAGGAAAAUCGACAGACAACGACCCUUUCGUGGGCAUAUCGAUACGGUUCAGCAGAUAUCCACCAGACGAGAACAACCUACAAGAUUCUGCCACUUCCGAGCUAUUCACCUCAUCUCUUUUUAGCCCGGACGCUAUUGACGGCCAACCGCUCAAUACUACAGACAACCACCAAACCGUACCCAGCAACGAUACGUGGGCAGUGCCCCCUGGUCCACCUAGAGCUACAUCGGCUGCUAGACCCUCGAACCGCAAACGACCGGCCGGAGUAAGCUCUGAUACCAAUCCUGGUCAAAACAAAAAGAGGGGAGGCUCUUCAAAUCCUUCACGUAAACAAGUAGGGAGCGAGACUGCUCCCACAGCCCCUCGGACCCUUAAGCGACAGAGGAAGCAGGUCGUCCGGGAGGGUUGUGCGACAGAGGAAGAUCUGAGAACUCUUGACAAUAGCUCACCCCUUGCUUCGUCUCGAACUAACACUACGUCCGAGGCCAAUAACGAGGCUCAACAGGACCAACAGAGCAACGGCCAAGCUCAAGGUCAAGUGCCGCAAACUUCAUCGUCUGAUCUCAGAAGCUCCGCGGCUUCGGGAGGAUCCACCAGUGAGCAGUCUCCUGCAGAGCUUCUGAAGGCUGCUGCAUUUCGACAAGCCCGGGCGGACACUGAGGCGGCAGCGGGAGGAGUCGAGGAUUCAUCUCGUGUCACAGCUGGCCUUUCUGUUACAGCACAGGGGAAACAACCUGAAAUACCAUCAAUGCAAGCUCAGGCCGGUUCAAGCAGAGAGCGAGAGAUGAUUGAACGGUCUAAUUCAGGGGCAGAAACGACUGCUCCCCAAGCGACGGGUAAUUCUCACGUUGCAAACGACUUUAGGAGAACAGAUCUCAGUGAAGGAGAACGUGGCCCCAGCAUGUUUUAUUUCAACGAACGAGAGCGAGAAGCCCUCCAAGGCUGCGAAAUGAUCUAUGAGACCGACAUUGAACACGCCGGGGUCUGGACUGUCUUUAGGUUGUCAAACACAAUCUUCCAACUAUCACUCGCCAAUGUGUUUGACGAGCUGAGGCUGAUUGACUCUGCAACACUUCACCUCCGCUUCGGGCGCAGUGUCGACUAUAAAGAACACCAGUUCAGAAGGGGUCAGGAUGGUGAGAAGGAGUUUGCAAUGUUCAAAGAACGGUGUCUGGACGUCAUCACGAGCCAGCGUCGCCGUGCUGCUUCGGCGUCGGUGGUGCAGGGGCGAGGGGUCAAUUACUUUGCCAAGUUUUCGGAUGGCCCUAUUAUUGAUGCUUGA